CCGAAGGCGAAGUGAAGAAGCUUGGAUUAGAUUAUAUCGUCGACCUUGGUGACUCGUCGGUCGGUGGUCGGACAACCGUCGUGCUCGCACUGGAAGAGGAAGACCAUGUCGCCGCUCGUCUCCCCGACUGCUCUCAAAGCAGCCCCUCUCGCUCUCCUCCCUUCUUCCACUUCGUCGUUCUCUCCCUCUCGUCCUGCCGCUAUUGCUUCGUCAUCAUGGCUAUCAUUGUGGACCAAGGAACCCACUCAUUGUCAUCUGAAGUACAUCCGACCAUUUAGCAGCAGUAUGAUCUUGCCUGCCAAGAGAAGGGCUGUGAUGCUAAUCAAGCUAACGGAUGUCGAAGAGACUGCUCAGAAUGAUGGAGAGUAUUACUCGGACAGUGACAUUGGUGAUUUUCCGUUUGACACAUGUUGGUUGGAUGCAAAGCUUCAGCUGAAGCUUGAGCAGAAAAUGAGGAUGAAAGUACCGAAGAGGAUACGGCUUCGGAGGAAAAAACUUGUCCGCAAGAGAAGAAUGAGGAAGAAAGGUCGAUGGCCGCCCUCGAAGAUGAAGUAGUCGACCAAUUCUUUUACUCUAGUUUUGUUUCUGCGCCUUCUAUGCCUUAGAAGUUCAGGAGCAAGGCUUUUAUUGGCAUUGCGUCUUGUUCAUAGAGUACUCACAAUUGAAACCUGAUUAGUAUAGGUAGAAUCUGUCCAUUCUUUUCUUGCUCUUUCAUUUGAGAGCUCUCUAUCUGUUUAUCAGGAUUCGCUUCAUUCUCCAAUACUAUUUUUAUCCUCAAUCGUAUGAAAUGGCAUGUUGAAUCAAGUGA